AUCUAGUUUUCGUCAAAAUCACGAGAGUACAUGUGCCACGUCAGCAGUCUCAAUGAGGAUUUAUUUGAUUGCUCGUACAAAGGAGGAACCUCUCUCGCACACUCGCACUCUCUCUUUUAAGUCAACCAUCGUUUUCUCCAGAUCCGGCGGAGCCAUUAUCGUCACAGGGAUUAUUACUAUGUCAGGAACGAGUUCAGGGAGCUUGUGGUUGGCAGCGAACCCGAGCAAGAGAUGGGGAGAGCUCUUCUUCCUCUUCUACACUCCUUUCUGGCUCACUCUCUCCUUGGGCAUCGUUGUUCCUUACAAGCUCUACGAGACAUUCACGGAGCUGGAGUAUCUGCUUCUCGCCUUGGUUUCAGCUCUUCCCGCUUUCCUCAUACCCAUGUUACUUGUUGGAAAGGCCGACAGAAGCUUACCCUGGAAGGACCGUUACUGGGUUAAGGCGAAUCUCUGGAUAAUUAUUUUCAGCUAUGUGGGAAACUACUUCUGGACUCACUAUUUCUUUCAAGUUCUUGGAGCCUCCUAUACAUUCCCGUCCUGGAAAAUGAAUAACGUGCCUCACACAACAUUCUUCAUGACGCAUGCUUGCUUCCUCUUUUACCACGUUGCGUCCAACAUCACUCUCCGAAGGCUACGACAUUCCAUUGCUGGUUUACCAGAUUCUCUUAGAUGGUCUUUUGAGGCUGCUUGGAUUCUGGCGCUUUCUUAUUUCAUUGCUUACCUGGAGACUGUUGCUAUUGCCAAUUUUCCUUACUAUGAGUUUGUGGACCGAAGUGCCAUGUACAAAGUUGGAUGUUUGUUCUAUGCCAUCUACUUCAUUGUCAGCUUCCCAAUGUUCUUCAGGAUGGGAGAGAAACCAAGCGAUGAGUGGGACUUGUCACGUGUGGCUGUUGAUGCUUUAGGUGCUGCUAUGUUGGUAACGAUCAUUCUUGAUCUGUGGCGUCUCUUCUUGGGACCUAUAGUUCCCCUACCGGAGGGACAAAACUGCCUUCAGUCUGGUUUACCAUGGUUCUCCCGGUGAAUGGUAAUUCAUGGCUGCUUCGACCAAGUCAUGGACCGAUAGAGAAACCUGAGAAAGAGUUUCCGUAAACACUUUACGGAAAGAAAUUAAUGCGAGGUUUUUUGGUAAUGUUUCUGAGGUUUUUCUUAUUCCUUUUGACUGCUUGCCUUUGUUAUAUUUUUCUUCAGCUUUCUUUGUUAUAUUUUGGUUACGAAACCUUGAAGUUAUCAUAUUUAACCGAACAGAAUGGAAGUUUUUGUUGUUGUUGUGAAAUCAAUUUAUUGGUUCAUAACUGGUGAA